CAGGUGAACGUGUCUCAAACUUAACUUUGAGUAAAUUAAACUAAUAUAACGUUUGGCGCACAAAACACUCAAGUUACAGCAAAAAGACACGAAACGUGGACGCUUACGUGGAGUCCCUGAAUGCACCACGAGCCCAGGUUCUCCUUCUACGUCAACGACACUGGGCGGUUCAUGAAUGGCUUUUUUUUUUAAGUGGGAGGGGCCCCGUCAUCUGACUUUACCAGGCAAGGGAAGAGAGAGAGAGAGAGAGAAGAAAAAGAAAAAAAGUGGGUGUUGUGCUCUAGUGUUUGGAUUUUGAUGCGAUGCACCUUCAUGCCUGCUUUUGAACGCACGAGCGAAGCGGGGUCACUGUGCGCGCGCCGAGACAUUUGGGGAAGAAGAAAAAAAAAAAAACACCCAGACGCGCGACCCGUGAAAGCGAGCGCCAACCCCGGCUAAGAGACUCACUGACGGGGAGGGGUGGGUGUAGGGGUGGGUGAGCAGCCCCGAAGCCAGAGAAGUAGAGACCCGCGUCGCUGAGCCAUGGGGUUCCGCAAGAAGAGCAAGAGCCCUCCGGUGCUGAGCCACGAGUUCGUCAUCCAGAACCACGCCGACAUGGUGUCGUGCUUGGCCAUGAUUAUCCUCCUCGGCCUGAUGUUCGAGGUCACAGCCAAGUUCGCCAUCAUGUUCAUCACAGUCCAGUACAACGUAACACAAGUUCUUGACGAGAAAAGUGACCCAGUGAACCUCUACCAGUACGGUCCUAAAGAUGUGGCCACUGUGUUUUUCUACCUUCUCAUUGCGGUCAUCCUUCACGCCUUGAUACAAGAAUACAUUCUCGACAAAAUGAACAGGAGGUUGCACUUGUCUAAAACCAAACACAGCAAGUUCAACGAGUCCGGACAGCUGGCGGCGUUCUACCUGUUCUCUUUCAUCUGGGGCUGCAGCAUCCUCACGGCGGAGGACUUUGCCACGAAUCCUACUUUCUUAUGGGAGGGUUAUCCACACACUCACAUGGUUUUUCAGGUCAAGUUCUUCUACAUUUGCCAAAUUGCACAUUGGCUCCAUGCACUUCCUGAGCUGUACUUUCAAAAAGUACGCAAGGAGGACAUCCCCCGUCUGCUCUAUUACAUUUGCCUCUACGUUGUCCACAUCGCUGGCGCCUACGUCUUAAACCUCCACCGACUGGGCCUGGUGUUGCUGGUCCCUCACUACCUGGUGGAGCUCCUGUUCCACGCUUCACGCCUCUUCUACUUCAGUGACGAGAACAAGCAGAAAGGUUUUACUCUGUGGGCGCUCCUUUUUGUCAUCGCCCGCCUCCUCACCCUCACCCUCUCAGUUCUGACGUUUGGCUUCGGGCUGCCCCGUACAGAAAACCAGGGCUUUUCCCUCGCGGAAGGCAACUUCAAUGUGCUCACCAUAAGGAUGUCUUGUCUGGCAGCUAUCUGCCUGACCCAGGCUUGGAUGAUGUGGAAAUUCAUUAACUUCCAGUUGAAGAAGUGGCGGGAGCACAGCCAGAACCAGGCCUCAAAGAAGAAGGCGGUGAGCCCGAAGAGCAAGCCUCACAAAAAGGAGCCUACGAGGGGAGGCGCCGCCAACGGGGUCGUGAAGUCCGAGGAUAAAACAUCGCCACGGGCAAGAAAAGCCAAAGCUUCAUAGAGACGGGAGAAAAAAAAAAA